UUGCUUUCAGUGCGGCUUCCUCCCCCGUCCAUCCCCCCCUCUUCACCCUGCUCCGGCUCGGACCAUGAUGGACCUGAAGGUGGACGAGGAGGAGGUGGAGAACGGGCACCCGGUCAGCAUCGAGACAUUCGCCAGCAGCUCCACGCUGCAUGGCCUGUCCCACAUCUUCUCCUACGAGCGCCUGUCAGUCAAGCGCAUCUUCUGGACCCUGUGUUUCCUGGGCUCCUUGGCUGUGCUGGUCUUCGUCUGCAAUGAGAGGAUCCAGUACUACUUUCGCUACCCUCACGUCACCAAGCUGGACGAGGUGGCUGCCAGCCACAUGACCUUCCCAGCCAUCACCUUCUGCAACCUCAACGAGUUUCGCUUCAGCCGGGUGACCAAGAAUGAUCUGUACCACGCUGGGGAGCUCCUCGCCCUGCUUAAUAGCAGGUACGAGAUUCCGGACACCCAAAUGGCUGAUGAGAAACAGCUGGAGAUUCUGCAGGAGAAGGCAAAUUUCCGCAACUUCAAGCCCAAACCUUUUAACAUGCGGGAGUUCUCGGACCGAGCUGGCCAUGAUAUCCAGGAAAUGCUGCUCUCCUGCUUGUUCCGUGGGGAGCCGUGUGGCCCCGCUGACUUUAAAGUGGUGAGUGCCUGGCUUCUUAUCUCUCUGAAGAUGGUGAGGUAGGGAAUAAAUGUUAUAUUUGGGUCAUGUUGGGUAUCCAUGGAGAGAAGAACCUAUGUUGUGCAUGGUGUUGGCAUCAUUGUGGAUAAAAGAGGAGGCAGUCUGCCAUAUUGACUUGUUGUGACAAUGCAGAUAGGCUUAUUUCUUUAUUAUUGCUUACAUAAAUGUAUAGACUGCUACA